UUACUGGUUUUGAUAUUGGAGACGGUGUAGAAAGAAGACGAAGACGAUGAUACUUGUUUGUUUGGUAAUGGAGCUGAUGGAAAACGAGAAAGAUCAGGUGCAUAAGUGAUGGAAAACGAGAGCUUUCUCUGGCUUUUUUAGAUCUGGUUAUGUUUCAGGAAACGGAGAAGACGAGAAGAAGAUAUCCCUUUGACGGUUUCAAAAGGGUAGUAAUGUAAACUCCUCAUUUUAAAGAUUCCUCUGUCCAUUUGACCCAGGAUGAAUCCUAACUGUCCAUAUGGCCCAGAAAAUGUGCAAUUUUGGCUAUAUAGCCCAUUUUCUGUUUUCCCUUCGACUUUUUCCACAUUUAAAGACUUCCAAGACAGCAUCUUACUCCGUUGUAUUCACCUGCAACGGUUCUAAGAAUUAGACCAAUUCCCGAACACUGGAAUUCUGUUUUUUUUUGUCACUAAUUGGAAAGAAAGAAAAGUUCAAAUGAUCAACAAUUAUGUGUUGUCUCUCGCAUAAACACGCUAGACAUUUAUAUGGUUGUGUUUACUCAUAAACGCUAGACAUUUUUUUUGGAAAAAAACCUGACGAUGGAUCUCGUUUUAUAGAUCAUUCAAAACCCUUUUAAGACAGUGAAGGCUUAUAUGAAUGGCUUGUGAUGCCAUUUGGAUUGUCCAAUGCACCUAGUACUUUCAUGUGGUUAAUAAAUCAGUCAUCGCGGUGAAUCCAAAUACAGGGUUUAGUAUGAAGAUGAUUCACAUAAACUCCAAAGAGUCGCCUUUAUAUACAGGUGACCAUUUAACACGGGUCGAAAAGCUUCAAAGACUCGCCGAACAAUCCAAAGCUCGAUCAGUUUACAUCGAGUCACAAAGAUUACUCCAAAGUAAUUCAAAGCAAUCCAUGAAUCCGGAUGAUGUACGUAUUCCUUUAGUUUACGAACACUCGGGGUUAUACGUUGCAAAGGUUGGUUUAGGUACGUUUCGUGGUAGACCGAUACCAUUCAUGGACUAUUAUUUGAUAAUUGAUACAGGUAGUGAACGAACAUGGCUUCAAUGUGAAGGUUCCACAAAAACUUUCACUCAAGAUAUGCCACUUUAUCCUUGGAAUUUAUCAACUACAUAUCAUCCUAUUCCUUGUAAUACACAUCCAAUUUGCAUGGGAGAUAAGUGCAAUGCUGAUGGCCAAUGCACUUAUUCAGUGCGCUAUGCGUCUGGAUCAGUUACAUCUGGUAUUAUUGCUACGGAAAAAUUCGCUCUUGGCUCUGAUACUGGUGGCCUUGAAAAUAUUGAAUUACACAUAGGUUGUGGUUUUCACCAAGAGAAUUUCGAAGGUUUUCUAGGAAGGAAUCAUUUACGUGGAAAACGUGAUCUUAUUGCAGGAAUACUUGGUUUAGGAUCCGGAGAAUGGUCUUUUAUAAAUCAGUUAGGUGCUUCCGGAAAAGGUAAAUUUUCCUACUGCUUUGAGGCUAUUAACUGGAAACUUGAGGGAUCGAAUACAUAUUUAAGGUUUGGUGCAGAUGCAAAAAUUGGAGGUGCAUUUCAAAAAGUAUAUAUAACUCCCAUUAUAGUGACUCCGUUUCCGACGACCCUCUAUUACUUAAAUCUAGAAGAUAUUAGUGUAGGUAACAAAAGAGUAGGAUUUCCUAAAGGUACUUUCAAGGUUAACGAUAAAAGAGAAGGUGGUACUAUCAUAGAUUCUGGUACUGCAAUGUCCAUAUUGUAUAAAGAUCAUUUCCAUAGAGUUGCAGAUUUGGUGAAGGCAUAUUUUAACGGGCUUGGAGUUGAAUAUAUUGGUUCAGACGGUAGAUUUGAUGUUUGUUUUCGUUUACGUGGAAGAUUUGAUAUUAAUAACUAUCCUUCUAUUACACUACAUUUUCAGCAGGCUGAUUAUGUAAUUCAAGAUUAUAAAGCUAAUUUCGCGAUGCUAUCGUUUGAAGUUGUUUGUUUUGCCGUUGUCAAAGGGAGCACAACUAGUGCUCCAGCGUUUACUUUAGGAGCAUUUCAACAAGCUAAUAAACGUAUUUUAUAUAACCUUAAUGAUCGCUCACUCUCAUUCGCUACAGAAUAUUGCGAAUUAGAUUCAUGAAGGGACAAUGCCGUGUAAUUUGGAAAUUAUCUAAGAAUAGAAUGAUUUAAUGGGAAGUUUAUUUAAUUAUA